GCUCCAGAACAUCAACAAACCCAAGAUGGCUCUCCCUGUGACCUCCUCCCUGGUCCAGACUCGAGCGAUUUCUACCUCCGCCACAGCGUAUGGCAAGAAGAACUUCAGGAAGUUUCUUAUGUAUGGCAAAAGAGGGACGAGACAGUUCAAACAGCAAGUGAAAAGUGAUCCUACUUCAGAAUUUCAUCAGAUGUUCAGUCGUGGUGUGAGGCCAGUUGGUGAACUUGUGGGGAAGAAGUACGAAGUGAUUCCUGAAAAGAUUCCAGAGCUAAUAGUACCUGACUUAGAAGGGUUUAAGCUCAAACCCUACGUAUCCUACCGCGUGCCAGAUGUCGUCCAGGGGGAAUUCCGUCCCCAAGACCUUUUCCACGCAGUGUACAGCCAGAAGAUCGCAGAGGACUUCAAAGCUGGCAAGCUAGAUGAGGAGGGCAGACCCCUAGAGCCAUCGGAGGAGGAACAGCUCACUCCGGAAGUUGCGAAGGAAAGGGCACUGAAGAUAGGGUCAGACAGGUUCUGAGCUUUGGACGUGAGGAGCUUGGCUAUUGCAAGGAGUGGCAUUAGCUUGGUGGCAUCAUUUGUAUAUAAAGAUGAUUGUGUUGUAUAGGAAAGUUCGUUAAAUUAUUAGAGAAAUGUGAGUCCGGCAUUUUUGCAGGUUUUUUUUUUUUUUUUU